CAUUAUUGCUAUCUUACUUGCUUUUUCACUAUUUUUUUUUUCUUUUUUUUUUUUCUCUCUGAUUGUUGUACUGCUGAUAUAAGCCUUAAUCUUCUGAGUGAAUCAUUUAUUGUCUGUAAUCAUUUUUUGAGAUUAGAAGUAAUCAGUUUUCUUGUAUGUGAUGCUCAUCAAGGAAGAUCUAAUUUAUAUUCAUUUGAACAAUCUGAGGACUGAUGAUAUUACUUUUCAGUUCUGAACAAUUAAGACAAAAUGUUCAAAAUCAUUGUAGUAUCACAGUUCAAACUUCAAAGGGUUAAGAGAUCCAGGUUAGAGAUCCAAAAGCCUCGAAAUUUUCAGCUUUUGUUGUGAAAUUGACUAAGUUCAGAAACUAUAGGAACAAAUACUCUAGGUUUGAGCUGUAUCUUAUGACUGUUAUCUUUGUCUGUUGGAACAGAAAAAAUCUGUCUGGUCUAGCCUCCCGAUAUUGAAGUAUAGAGUAUUGCUCUAAAUCCUCAGUACUUGUAAUUGUUUUUAGCUUCUAAAAAAUAGGUACUCAAUUUUUUUAGUGACACUAUUUUUAUAGGAAUUAGGGGAUAAACAGGUGUAACACACUUCAAUUGAGUUUUUGCUAUGAUUUUACACUGGACUGAAUUUCUUAGACUUUUGGCUUAGAACUUGGUGCCAAUUUAAAAUUUCAAGCUUACAACUGUCCAACAAAGUGUUCUGUUUUACUAGUUGAUCUUAUUGUCUUAAUCAUUUAAUGCUAACAGAAGAAUUUGCACGCAUCUUCCUCAACAAAUAGAUUGUCCAUUAUAUUAUUCUCAAAUGUAUGUUAUAUUUUGUAAUGGCCUCUUGAUAUAUAUAGCUAAGGGGAAAAGACUGAACUACACAUUAUAUGCUUCCUAUUUAACAAUAUAGUGCUUAUCAAAUUGAUGCUAUUGCCCUUUUCCUCAUUUAACAAUAUCCACAUUUAACAACGUUUUGAUAACUUGGGGGGUUGCUCGCGUUAGCGUGCAGACCAACAACUAGUAAUAAACCUUCUCAAUGUUAGAAUUUGCCUACUGUUCCUUAUGAACAAUGUAAUGAUGAUUCUGACUUAGGAGUAAAGUAAAUAUACCAUUUUUCCCCUAUGCUUUACCUGCUUUUCCUCUCUCUUAAUUUUCUUUGAACCUAUUCUAUCAUCCUUUUCCAUCCCCUUGUUUUCAUUCUCUUAAUCCUUAUCUUUGUUUUCCUCUCUUAAACGAUGAAAUUGCAAUAUUCUCAUCCUCUUAUUUUCUCUCUAACUUCUUCUCUUUUUCAUUAUAAAAUUCAAUACAAAGUAUUAUCAAUUUAGGUUGACAGGAUGUUAUGGACUGAAUUCUACUGAUUUAAUGAAACACGAUUGAUAUUUAUUUAAGGCUAAAAGCUUGAACAAUUGAUUGAUUAAAGGUUGGAUUACAUAAGGAUAGUUAUAACUUUAGGUUAUGAAUCUCUCAGUAGCUUUAGGCUACAAGUCUCUCAAGAGGUUCACUCAAUUUCUUCCUGCCCUUCCCACUACUCAAACUACCAUACUUAUACCAAAAUGGUCAAGCUGACCUUAAGGCUAACAUGUGAUACUUAGCUAAUUUAGAAAAACAUAAAUAGGACACAACGAAACUAACUGUCUUCCUUUCCUUCUCUUCUUCUUAAUGGAGUUUUUCUUGUUGCUAAGAAAUGCGCCCUGCUGGUGUUGCUUGUUGCUGUCCAUGCUUGCUCCUUCCUUUGUGCCUCGUAUACACCACUUAAGGUGGUUGACCAGGCUGGGUUUGACCCAAGUUGAGGUUUGACCCCGGAUUGGUGUGUGGGUUACUUAGAUCCAUGACACAGGAGGUCAAGUUGUUAUGAUGAAUUGCACAGUAGAAGAAGAUAAAUGCUUUGGACAAAUUGAGGUGUAUGCUUUUUUUUUUAAAAAAAAAAAUUUAUUUAAAUAUUACGGUCUUCAAAUGGAUUAUACGAAGUAAUUUUUAUUUUCUUACUUAGGCUUUAGAAUGCAUGAUACUUGAUAAUAAGUGGUGAACAUUAUCUUGGGGUUGAAUCAGAUUCAUAGUUUGAAGCUUAAUUAUACUCAUUCUGCAAAUUAAUGCUUCUGAAUUUUUGGAUAUGGAUUAUGGAACGAGGUACUGAAGAAUUGGGUGUUUUGUCAUCAAGCUUUCCUCCUAGGGUUUUGAAGCUGCCGUUUGUGGGGGUUUCUUCUGUCUUUCGGUUGGUGACUGAAUACUCUAUAUCACUUUCUCUCUCCUCAAUCCCCUUGCAAUUUCAGGGUAAUAUUAUCAACAAGAGUAUCAUGUUUUACAAUCUGUCCCUCCUGGGAAGCAUGGAUCCUGAACGUUGCCCAGACAUCUGCAUCAUGCUCGUGGAUCCUGAUCCUAGAUCCUCACAAAAUACAUUGGCCCUCUUGGUUAAUUCGAAUUACAGAGUUGUCACAGCUUUCCAAGGAGCAGAUGCUCUGGAGUUGUUGAAAAAGAAGAAGCGGAGGGUUGACUUGGUGUUGAUGCCCACCGAAUUGCCCGAUAUGUGCACUCUUGAGGUUUUAGACAUCCUAAAGAGCAAAUAUAAUAUGGCUGUUGUCAUGCUUGUUGAUACUGAUCAACCAUCUGCUAAGGAGGAAUUUCUUUGGAAUGGAGCAAUGUUCUGUUAUAAGAAGCCACUGGACUCGAUGAGUGCUGCAACCUUGUGGCAGCAUGCUUUUGUAAAGGAAGCAGAACUUUUCAGUCAAUCCCUUAGACCCCAAGAUCAGGUGUGACUAUUAAUGAUUUUGGGAAGAUCCAUGUAGCAAAGAGAAAAUUUGAAGGCUCGUCUUCAUUCACUUGGACACCAUAUAUAGAGAAUAUUUUUCUCGGAAUUGUUCACAAUUUGGGAGUUUAUGAUGCUGAUCCAUUAGAAGUUCUUAAUCGCAUGCACGUUCCUGGGCUCACUCUGGAUGAAGUCACUGACAAACUGCAGGAAUAUCAAGCAAGGCAGAAUAACCCGGACUACCCCCCUAUUCCAAUGCGUAUUAUUGAUCUGAAUGCUGGCAACCAACUGAUGGGCCAAAACAUCUAUGCCAAUCCUGGACAGGCAUUCGCCCAUGAGCAAGGUAUUCUGCAGAAUCCUCGUCAGGAUCAACUGAACAGAGCUAGAGCUUACGAAAUCCCAGCACCGCCAUUGGCACUGGUGACUUCAGUGCCGUUUGUGCCUCAUGUGCCUAACAUGCCCCAGCUGCCUCAAGCUUCAGUGCCUCCAGCAAACACAGCUCAGAUGCUCAUUGUACCGCCAUGGCCUCCUGCUCCUACUUACCUACCUUCAUCGAGCGUGGCACCACCGGCGCCUGGCCAUGGAGAGGAUGAUGGCAAGCUUGGAGGUUAAAUUCAAGCCGUCAGUUCUUCCCCUUAAUAAUUAUUUUCAAUAAAAUUGACUUGGAUGUUUGUCAAACCUUGAUGAAACUGCUGGCUGAAAAGCCCUUGUCAGACAAUUUGAUGUUUUUUUUCUCUGUUGUUGGAAGUUUGGCUGCAAACUUUGAAUAAUUGCUUCCCAGUAUUGCUUUCAUUUUCUAUGAUGCAAUGGUUUUUUUAUUUC